GAUCAAAUGCAUUUUUUUUUCCACAACACACAAACACCACCUUUUCCAUUCUCACUCCUCUUUCCGGAAGAACAGGACGAAACGUCGAUACUCACACAAACCAGAAGAGAGAGAGAAAGAAGAAGAAGGGAGAGAGCACGAAUUCAACGACACCACUCAACGCAAAACACCACCAGAUCUAGGAUCUAGUGGAUAUACAUUUCAAUAUGUAUAUAUAUGUGUAGCUCCAAUGAUGUAUUAUUAUAGAUGCAGCAAGUGAUUUGUCGGGGUUUGUUUAGGGUUUUCGAAGAUCGCAUCGAGUUUCUGAUGGAGAGAGAAAAGCACGACAAUGGUAAUUUUUACUAUCUUAAUCAUCAUCAUCAUCAUCAGGAGGUAGAUCGAGUGAGCCCUGAUCGAAUGAUUUCAUCAUCAUCGUCAUCAUCUUCAUUGUUGGCUCGUCCUAGUACUCCUCCAAUGCCUCCCUCUUCUUGUUCGCCUGUUGGUGGUCUUAGUUACAUUGAACAUCGCGUUUCCAAGAUGGAUACACUCGCUGGCGUCGCAAUCAAGUAUGGUGUUGAGGUGGCCGACAUUAAAAGGUUAAAUGGCCUUGUGACGGAUCUCCAAAUGUUUGCUCUCAAGACGCUUAACAUUCCACUACCAGGGAGGCACCCCCCAUCUCCCAUUCUGUCUAAUGGUUUAGAUAGUCAAGGACCCAGCAGCUUUGAGGAGACCCCACCUCGCCGUAGGCAGUCUGAUUUGUUUGAUUCAUUUGAGUCGCUGAAACUUAAAUCUUCUCCUCAGCGAAGGGUUUCCCCGGCCAUGAGCAAUUUGCAAGGAUAUUACGGUCUAAAACCAGCUGAUCAAAGACGCGCAUCUGAAGGCUUUGAAAUGGUUGUUUAUCGAAAAGGGAGUUCUCAUUAUUUAGAGGACGGACCAUUUAAUAAACCUUCUCCUCUUUCUAACCCGCCUUUGAGACAUCAUAGAAAAUGUAAGAGUGUUGCAAACGGUUUCUUCUCAGAGAACGACGAACUAGCUGAUGGCUUCACAAUUACAGAAGCCCGGGAAGUUGACUCUGAUAAAUGGAAUGAGAAGUUAUUUAGAAGGCGUCAGAAAUCUGAAGCCGACUUUAGUAUUCACAAUCAAACACCAGAAAAGCUGUUGAAGGAUGAUAACAGCAGCAGUGGCGGAUUUUCAGCGAUAACAGGAAAGGGCUUGGCUCUCCGACCCAAGGCAGCUAAUCGAACUGCUGCAGGAGUUGAGGCAGAACCGGGUUUCUUGAACCGUAUUCCCAUAGCUUUGGCAGAUUCUCUCGUUGCGGAUGGUUUUAAUUCUGUAAGGAAAUCGUCUAGUACAUCAAGUUUGCACGAGCAGGAAAAUAGCACAUCUUCUUUGUUGGUCUGGCCCACAUCAAAAUGGAAUUUGAAGCCGGAUCUACAGGCCCUGUCUACUGCAGCGGUCACUGGCUUGCCAAAGCCAACAACAGGUCGCAAAAACAAAGCUGCACUCGAUUAGUAAAAAUUCCCUUUUGUGUAGAUUCAAUUUUUAGUUUAAUUGAUUUUGGUUUUCAUAUUUUGUUGGGCCGAUCAUAUUAUUAAGAGGUGAUUAGAUAGAUAGAGGGACAGGUAAAGUGGGAAGUAAUAAAACCGUUUUGAUCGAUAUUGAAUAUGGUAUCAUUUAUCGUUGGCUGACUAAAAGAACUUGAUAUUAUCGUUGUUUUUGGGAGUUGAUUUGCAAGCUAGAAAUGAAAGGGUUGAUGAUAGCUGCAGUAGAAAUUAGAACUACAGCGUUGACAAGAGCGAGUGCUCCGGGAUUUAUUCUGCCAUACAAGUUUACAAUUAUAGAUUUUUGCUACAAAAAAGGUGUGUAUGCAUUUGCAAACCUUUACAGGAGAGAAUGUAUAUUAGAUUUUAUUGGGACUCUUAUUUCUAUUGAAAUGGAGGAAAAAAACAAUACUGUUAUAUAUAUGUAUUUAUCUUUUAUAUUCUUUUGCUUUUGUUUCA